AUGUUAAAGGUCUUACGGAAGGCAAGGUUGAAGGAUAAGGAGAUGAGGGUUCUUAUGUUAGGGAUGGAUAAUGCUGGAAAAUCCACGAUCGUCCAGCGGAUACUGAACGAACCCAUCGAUGAGAUUAGCCCAACACUGGGGUUCAGCAUAAAAACACUCGAGCACCAAGGGAACUACUUUGAGAAGACAGACGCGCUGAUCUGGGUUGUCGACGCAAUGGACCGCUUCCGUAUCGAGAUUUGUCAAGCAGAGUUGGCUGGGCUUUUAAAAGAGGAGGCAAAGACGAUCGAGGCUUUGUUCUAG